AUGGUGCUGUACGACAUGUUCAUCGCGGUCAAGAGCACGGUCCCGCGGUCUCAGAUGGCGGACGUGCUGCGGAAGAUGGGCCAUCGCGUCCUCGACGCGGGCGGCGUCAUCACGGACAUCACGUCGUUCGGGACGCAGACGCUGGCGUAUCAGAUCAGGAAACAGGGGCAAGGGCACCUGGAGGUGCGCGUCGUCGGCUCGCUCGGCGCGUCGAAUCGUCGCGUCGCGCGUUCGCGCGUCGUUUCCGCGCGCGCGUCGAGACCUAAUCGAAUCGAACGACCGCGUUUCAUCGUUUCCCGCGAACAGAACCCGACGUACGUGGUCGCCGUUCGACGCGUCCCUCCCACCGCGCGCUCACCCUCCUCCUCCGCGAAUCCCCCCGCGCGCGACUCGCAGGCGAACUACAUGCAGAUGUCGUUCAACGCGAAGCCGGAGGUGAUCGACGUCAUCACGUACGACCUGAGGACGGACGAGCGCAUCCUUCGCUUUCUUCCGAAGAAGGUGAACAAAGGGCGGCCGCUGCGGAGCUUGAAAGAGUACAAGGCUCGGGAUUCGCGGAACCCGACGAACUUGCAGGCGAUGGCCGCGGAGGACGACGAGUGA